UAACAUUUGAACUAUCCCCAGACAAUUCUACCUAGGCCUUACCAGUCGAGUUGACCGGAUCGUGAGGGCCCUGCUUGCCUCCAGAGUCAAGCACGAGCGAGUGGCCGGCUACCAGCAGCCAUCAGUGGAUUGGAUAUGUUCCUUGCUGACUGUGUGGGACAUCGGCGCUGCGUAUAUCCCCCUUGAUUCACACCUUCCAGUCUCCAUCCAGACUUGCCGUGUUGGCAGCCAACUCCAGACCUGAGAACCCAGCUCAUUCUCUUCACCAAAGUGCGCCAAGCUUUGCUCUGCUUCCGUCAGGUCCUGGUCCUGCUCGGUCUCUGCACUGGUGGGUGCGUGUUUGUAGCCCCCCAGCAUGAGCGUGGCGACCCUAUUGCCCUAAGCAAGAUUACGUGCGAGGAGAAAAUCACGCUCACAGUGGGCACACCAUCUGAGUACGCCCACCGGCUCCGCUUCGGCUCAGCCGACCUCCAAAUGGCCGACAGCUGGAGGUACUGUAUGGCCGGCGGCGAGCCGCUUGAAAAGCCUCUCCGGGUCGCAUUCAGAGAGCUGGGCAAGCCGGUCGUCUUGGCGCGGCGGGACCCAAAUUUCCUGGUGGGCCAUGUCGAGUUCGCGGCCGCGCUGGGCGAGCCCGAGCAGGCAGCAUUUUUGCGGUCCGUGGUGGCACGCCUGCCGCAGCCCAAGUACAUGUGCCCUGCCGUGUUGGUCCCGUUGGACGAGAUCCCGAUAAGCCCCCACUUCACGACAGACCCGGUGGCCGUGCAGGCGCUCCCGCUCCCCGCGCGGGUUCAGGACGAGGAGGAGGAGGCCGGCGCCGGCGAGGCCCUGAGCGACACGGAUAUGACGCUGAGGGAGAUUUGGCUGGAUGUCCUCCCCGAGGAGUGCACGCGUGCCGUGGCAAUAAGGCCCGACACCGAGUUCUUCAGCCUCAGGGGCGGGUCGUACCUGCUGGUGCUCAUACAGCACCAGAUACGCCGGCGGUUCGACGUCUCCGUCCCGGUGAUGCAGCUGUUCGACUCGAGCAGCCUUAGGGCUAUGGCCUCCAAGAUCUCGACUGCUGCUCUUGUUUCUAAGGUCGACUGGGACGCAGAAUCGGCACUGGAAGAAGGUCUUACGCUUGGGUCCCGAGAGUCGCCAGCCUCGUGUCUCACCCUCGUUCUUGCCGGGGCCACGGGCUACCUCGGGCGCAGACUCCUGGGCUUGUUGUGGGAAAACGACGCCGUCUCCAACGCCCACGGGGUCGCUGUCCGAAACUAGACCAAACUCAGAGACAUCAUACCUCCUCAGUGCUCCAAGCCCGUGGUGGUGCAUCCCGGCGACCUCAGGUGUCCACUCCUGGGACUUAGCGCCGAGACAUUCCACUCUCUGGCCGAGGAGGCGAGCCGAGGAGGCGAGCUUGAUCAUCCACAGUGGUGCGGACCGCUCCUUCUGGGACUACUCAAACCCUCCGCGGGUCCAACGUGACAUCAACCAAGACCCUCGUCAAGAUGGCUUCAGCGAACCGCACUCCGAUCCACUUCAUCUCCGAUUCAGCGGCUCUAACGGAGGCGAGCCCAGCUCCCCCCACACCAUCACCAGCCUCGGCAUCCCUCCAGUCGACGGAUCAAACAGCUACCUGGCCACAAAAUGAGCCUCGAAGGCGUACCUGGAGCGGGCAGCAGGCGACUUCGGCCUGCCCAUCCACAUCCACCGCAUCGUCGCCACCCCGCCACCACCACCACCAUCCUGCAACGGCGAGGAUGGGCCCUCGUCAGUGGCGGACACGAGCGCCGCCAAGAGCUGCCCCCCCCCCCCAACCACAGGACCUCGUCGCCGAGUUCGUAGACCUCGCCGCCACGCUCGGGGCCGUGCCGCAGCCGCAGGGCUGGUACGGCUCCUCGACAUGCUGCGGAGGUCGGUGCUGGUUGGGAAGCUGGUGCACAACUUCGCGGCGCCGCCGCCGGCGGGUCCUCUGCCGUGGACUGGCAGCCACUGCCAAGCGCGCGCUACUUCCACUGGCCGUCCGAGAUAUGCCUACGGAUGGAGGAGCACUUGAGGUCAUCCGCGGGAUAGAUUCGGCGAUGGAGGGCAGGGAGAAACUGCGGGGUACCUAGGUAAGCGGCAGAGUCUCGAGAGGCUGCCGCUGCACGUGUGGGUUGGCAAGGCGAAGUUGGUCGGGCUGAAUUGGCACUUUGCUGGUACGGACUUUGGCGCUAUUCGAGCGGAAGGGUUUUCAUUGAAGCGGUAAUUCCG